CGGGCGCGGCGCGGGCGCGGCGCGGGCCGAGCGGGGCCGGCGGGGGCUGCGCCUCCGCGGACAUGCCGAAUAAAAACAAGAAGGAGAAAGAACCUACAAAAUCAGUCAAGAGUGGAAAAAGUGGCAAAGAUGGACAAGAUAACCAAGACCAUGAGGUGUCAAACAAAAAAUCAAAUAGCACUCCUCCCCCAGCACAACUAUCUAAAAUCAAAGUACCAGCACCACAGACAGUAGUGAAGAAGGAAAAGCGGCAGAGUUCUUCAAGGUUUAAUGUUAGCAAUAACAGGGAGCUUCAGAAACUGCCAGCUUUAAAAGAUGUUCCUCCUGCAGAUCAAGAAAAGCUCUUUAUCCAGAAGUUACGACAAUGUUGUGUACUUUUUGACUUUGUUUCUGAUCCACUAAGUGACCUAAAGUGGAAGGAAGUAAAACGAGCAGCUUUAAGUGAAAUGGUAGAAUAUAUCACACACAAUCGCAAUGUGAUUACAGAACCUAUUUACCCUGAAGUAGUACAUAUGUUUGCAGUUAAUAUGUUUCGAACAUUACCACCAUCUUCCAAUCCAACGGGAGCAGAAUUUGAUCCAGAGGAAGAUGAACCAACCUUAGAAGCUGCAUGGCCUCAUCUACAGCUUGUUUAUGAAUUUUUCUUAAGGUUUUUAGAAUCUCCAGAUUUUCAACCUAAUAUAGCUAAGAAAUAUAUUGAUCAGAAGUUUGUAUUACAGCUUUUAGAGCUCUUCGACAGUGAAGAUCCUCGUGAAAGAGAUUUUCUUAAAACAACUCUUCACAGAAUAUAUGGGAAAUUUCUAGGCCUAAGAGCUUACAUCCGGAAACAAAUUAAUAAUAUAUUUUAUAGGUUUAUUUAUGAAACAGAACAUCACAAUGGCAUAGCAGAAUUACUGGAAAUACUGGGAAGCAUAAUUAAUGGAUUUGCCUUACCAUUAAAAGAAGAGCACAAAAUUUUCCUAUUGAAGGUUUUGUUACCAUUGCACAAAGUGAAAUCACUCAGUGUCUACCAUCCACAGCUGGCAUACUGUGUAGUUCAAUUUUUAGAAAAGGACAGCACACUUACAGAACCAGUUGUAAUGGCACUGCUGAAAUACUGGCCAAAGACUCACAGUCCAAAAGAAGUCAUGUUUUUAAAUGAACUAGAAGAAAUUUUAGAUGUUAUUGAACCAUCUGAAUUUGUAAAAGUUAUGGAGCCUCUCUUCAGACAGCUAGCCAAAUGUGUGUCCAGUCCACACUUUCAGGUGGCAGAGCGAGCAUUAUACUACUGGAAUAAUGAAUAUAUUAUGAGUUUAAUUAGUGAUAAUGCAGCAAAGAUUUUACCCAUCAUGUUUCCAUCCCUGUACCGGAAUUCAAAGACGCAUUGGAAUAAGACAAUACAUGGCUUGAUAUACAAUGCUCUGAAACUCUUCAUGGAGAUGAACCAAAAACUGUUCGAUGACUGCACACAGCAAUUUAAAGCAGAAAAACUGAAAGAGAAGCUAAAAUUGAAGGAACGGGAAGAAGCAUGGGUUAAAAUAGAAAAUCUAGCCAAAUCAAAUCCCCAGUACCCGACAUAUAGUGACACGAGUUUGCUGAACAGUCCUGUUGCAAUGGAAACAGAUGGGCCUUUAAUUGAAGAUUUGCAGACGCUGAAAAAGACAGUGAAAGAAGAGGCUUGUCAGGCACAGAAAGAUCAGAAAAAAGAUCGUCCUCUUGUGCGACGCAAGUCAGAACUGCCUCAGGAUAUCUAUACCAUGAAAGCCUUGGAAUCACAUUGCAGAGCUGAUGAAUUAAUAUCACAUGAUGGGCAUUAAACUAUUACAGUGAAAUAUUAUUUUGGAGGAAAAGUUUUUUUUCUGGACUCAGUUCUACAGUAGAACUUACUUUUUUGUGCCAUACCAAUCAGUUACACAAAGUCAAAGCUUUCUUCAACCCAGUUCUGUAGGCAAUAACUUAAUAGAGUAUGCAGCUCAAGAUUAGUAGUUCAAACAAUGGUAAAUUACCCAGUUCCAUUUGCAGAAUAUUGGGUUGACUAUAAUCAAGUGGACACAAUUUCCUGGAGGUGUUGUCAUAGUACCAACUGGCUGAUAACUUGCAGUUUUGUAGUCGUAUUUGAGAAAAGCAUUCUAUAAACUCUUUCCGUCUAAAUAAGUGAAUGACCAAUGGUUGGUACUAAUGAUAAAUGUGUUUUUCAAAAAUAAACUUAUUUCAAAUAUAAGUAUUAAACUUUUUCUAGGAUUUCUCAGCUUUACAGUUGUUUCCACAUUAUUGCUGUCCUGUAAUAUACCAGCAGUUUUGAAAAUACCUAAUUAUUCUUUCAUAUUCUAAAACAUGGCUUACAAAGUGGUAACAUUCUUGACAAUCCUCAGUCAUCAUUCCUUUCUAAGAAUUCUGUAAAUUCACUUCUCUUUUACUUAGGAUAAAGAUAUAUAUAUAUCUAUAUAUACCACAUCCUAAUACUUUAUGUAGAUUUAAAGCCAUAUCUUCCAGUCUUUAGUGUAUAAUAUGGCACCAGUAUUCCAAGUAUGAACUGGUAGAAGAUUUUUUUCCUAAAAUGAAAAUUUGUUUACUAUGACUGGGAAUAGACUGAAUAUGAAAUUUCAUUUUAAGUUUUUUCAAGUCAAUAAAAUAACUCUUUCGCUGUUUUCUCCCUUAUCUGAGCUUUUAAUACUCAGCAUUUUUCUUGGGCUCUAGGAGUUCAAUAUUCUGUGGCAGAUAUUAUGUGUGAUUUCAGUUGCAUCAGUUUUUAUCUGAAAGGUGAACAUAACCUUUCAGGUAACACAAGAUCAUAAGCUUAUUAUUUAAAAAAAAAGGAGAACAGACUCUUGAAUUCCAUUGUACUUCUUUCUAGAUGAGUCUAAGAGCUGAGGAGAUAGUGACCAUAAUAUUUUACCGUGAAAAUAUUUUUUGUUGUUGUUGUAAAGAGCACAUGUGCUGCAAAUACACCUCACAAGUGAACUGAAAAUGCAUCUGAGUUGCUGAUGAUCUUCAAAUGCUGCUAUAUAUUCCACAAGAUUACUUGCAUGUAAUGAGCUUUUUGUUGUAGAUGGAAAAGCACGGGAGGAAAAUCUCUUUAAAAAUAUAGUGCUUUGUCUUCAAUAUUUGAUUUCUCUCAGGGUGGCCAGUAUUUUGACUUACUUAUCCUGCUUAAAAGCUGUUUGAAAUGUGUUCUGCUAUUCUGAAUGGGUGAUUAGUUUCUUUUGUCUCUGGCAGUAACAUGAUAUAACUUAAUGUUUAAUGUCUUGAUGCAUAAAGAGAUAAAAAACGUGGCUUCUUUAAAAACAGUUUUGUUCUACUUUUUAAGGAAGUAUAACAUCUCCUGCAUCCAUAAAAAAGAAUUGCGCAAAGCAGACAUUCAUAGUAACCUUGUGCAGAUGUAGUGCCUGCUGUUUGUUGGUUGCAUUUAACAUUCAAUUUCCAAUAUUUGUUACGUUGUCUAUUGGAAGAAAAUUGUGAGUGGUAAAUAUUGGCUUACAACAACUAAAUUUCAAGACCAACCCAAUCUUUUAAGUGGAAUGUCCACUGUGUCUGAAAACAUUUCCUGUAAAACUUGAAAAGAAUAUGCUUUACCAUUAGGAUAAACUAUAUGAAAGCAGUUUAAAGAUGCCUUCUCCUUUUGAGGGAAAAAGGGUGCUUUUUUAAUUGUGUAAAGCAACGUCUACGUAUUUUGAUAUACCAUUGUUUGAACUUCCAUCUUUAGCUGGUAGAUUAUCAGUUACCUUUGAUUUUGGGUGUCCAGUAUGUUUGUGCAAGAGGUCGCUGAAAGGAAUUAUUCCUAUGUUACCCAAGGGGGGGAUAAAAAAAAAGCUGUAUAUCAAUGUUUGAUUGAUUGUGUGAUGCUCAACGUAUAGGAACAUCUUUCACUGUCUAGAUUUUAUUUUUGUUCUUUAUUGAAGAUAAACACUCACCAAAAAGGGAAAUAUUGUGGUAUUUUUUAAGGCUUGAAGAUCUCUAUAAAGACAUAUUUUGAAGUUUUGGGCCACUGAACAUUUGCUUAGGCAAUAUUCCAAAAUCUAUCACCACUAAUGGUUUAGCAUGUUUAUUAUCAAUAUUUAUAUACUUCUUAUAAUCCUUUACUAAACAAUUCUAAAACUAAUACAUCCAAAAUAAAAAGAAAAAUUGAAGUAGAAUUUUGGUGACUGUUGUUCUUCAUAAAGUUCUGUCUGACACCUUCCCCCAUUUUCCAAAAUUACACCUGUACAUCAGGAAUGUCAAAAGUAAUAUUACAAGUGUCUUUUUAGUGUGGCUUUAGUAUGGCUUCAUUUUAAUAUUGUACAUACAUUGUACCUUGUUUUAUGGUAAUAAGUAAUAAAAAUGUAGACUUCAUAUUUUGUACAGAAUCGUCCUAUGUACAGAAUAAAAAGUUCCUAGAAACAGCAAAAAUAGGUAAGUGGCACAAUUAUUUUUCAUUAGACAAUAUCUGUAACAUUAUGCAUUAGUGGAAUGUUAAGUUCAAAUGUACCUACAUAUUUUUUAACAUUUUGUAAUUCAAUUUUUUGUUCUGGCAUUGUUUCUGAAGAACUUCAUACACCUGCCAUUUAAUAUGCUUUUAUCCAAUUUUAAAACUUAAAAAAAAAAAAAAAGGUGUAUUAUAUGGACAAAUAAAGAACAUGUGAAUUUUACUUGCUCAUCAUGGAACUAAAUUUAACACAAGGCGUUUGGGGGUGGGUUCAGAUUAUCAUUGUUUGCACAAUCAGCUGUACAGAUGAAAAUAAUUUCAUGAAUGUCAAAAAAGCAAAAGAAAUAUGGAAAGGCCAUUACAAAAAAAAAACCAAACAAACAAAAAAAAACAACUCAGGAAUAGUGGAUAUUCAGACUUCACUUGUAGAGCACCAAUCAGUACUGAAAGGAAUUUGCUAGAACUCCAGUUUACAAUUAUGGAAAAUGCACUGUUCAUACCACAGUAUUUUCCCCUGCAGCACUUCUAUGUUGAAAGGCUUCAAGCAAAGUAGCCCAAAAAACAGGGAUUAUAUUCUGGUAGGUGAUGGGUGGUCAGGUGGCAAAGAUGUAGGGAAAAACUUAAGUCCGCAGUAGGAGUUGUCUUCCCUCUGCAAUCCAUAAAAGUCUUCAAAAGAACUGAGAAAGUAACUCUUGUAAAGCUGACAUUCAAUAAGGGGAGGGUUGGAGGAGAAGUUGGGAGGAUGGGUGAACCUGGGGUCAGCAGCUGACUGCUGACUUGAAUUAUAAAUGUAAGAUUUGAGUUACAAAUUAGAUCUUUGCGUACUGAAAGAAACAGCUUUGUGCUUGAGCUCAUCACAUCAUGAACGAAAAACUAGAUAUUGAAACAACUGAGGAUCCAGUCAUUCACUUUAGGAAAUUAGGGUCAAAUAUCUCUCAAAAUGCAAUGUUUUUAAACUACUGACAGUGAUGACAUUUUUCCCGUAUAAAUUACCUUACUGAGUUGCAAGCAUGUUCAGGAAGUGACCUUUAAUCCAUUCUCUCUAAGGGAAUUAAGCUUGGGGGUUUUGACCAACAGCCUUUUUUGGCAUUGCUUUCAUGGGUUGGCUUUGUAGAAUUGGAAAGGAAGGUGCUGGUGUAGCACACAUUGCUUGUGUUUAGAGGUUUGUCAGGUUUGCUUUAUGCACCUCCCAAAUGUACUUACAGGAGAUGGCUGUGAUUCCAGUUUAUCCCAAUGUUCUGGAUCCCAUUAUGGGCCAUCCACCUGAAAGUGGAGCAUUUCUGGCCCUCUAAUCUUGUCCUUGCUGUGUGCAGUGAAUGUGGAGACUGACUGUGUAUAGCUAAUUAAGAAAUACCAUUCUAAUUACCAUAUCACUGUCUCCCUGGAUUAGUUUCUUUUCUAUGAGGAGACUUGGCUCGAGCUGUCUUUACCUUAUGAAAUAAAGCUUUGAUGUAGUUAAA